UAAACUAAAGAGAGAAGAUCGGAAAACUCACAGAACCAAAACGUUUACUUUCCCUCAAAUCGAUUUCAAUGGCGGGCCGCGGCAAAACUCUAGGAUCCGGGGCCGUGAAGAAGGCAACAUCUAGAAGCAGCAAAGCGGGUCUCCAAUUCCCGGUGGGUCGUAUCGCUCGUUUCCUGAAGAAAGGCAAGUACGCCGAACGCGUCGGGGCCGGAGCUCCGGUCUACCUAUCCGCCGUUCUCGAAUACCUCGCCGCCGAGGUAUUGGAGUUGGCUGGAAACGCGGCGAGGGAUAACAAGAAGACGAGGAUUGUGCCGAGGCACAUUCAGCUCGCGGUGAGGAACGACGAGGAGUUGAGUAAAUUGCUGGGAGAUGUUACGAUUGCUAACGGAGGAGUGAUGCCGAAUAUUCAUAAUCUUCUUCUUCCUAAGAAGGCUGGUGCUUCUUCCAAGCCUUCUGGGGAUGACGAUUGAUUUAAUCUAUCUUGUUCUUUUCGUUUUUUUGUUUCUCCAUCUUUAACUUGUUUAAUUGAAUGUUCAUAUGCUUCAUUUUCGGAAUUAAAUCAAAGUUCAGACUUUUUGGUUUCUCCAA